AGCAAACACAAUGUCCCGAGUCUUGGAAAUAAGAGCGAUUCUUUUGAGCUGCAUCCUCUAUGGCGUUGCAGGCCAGGAUUGGAUAAGAACUUUUAAAGUGGUCAAAGCCCCGAUUCCGCCUGUGUGUAAUUGUCAAAGUGCAGGAAACGAACGUUGCGGAUUGAGUAAUCCGGAUGGUCUGGGGAUCGACGUGAGAGAAACCGAGAGUAACUCCAGACCAGGAGAAUAUCCCUGGGUAGUUGGCCUCUUCAGCAAGGGAAAAUUCUUUUCAGGAGGUUCCCUAAUUAAACCGGGAGUCGUUCUAACCGCCAGUGCGCUACUGGAAUCCGAGAUUGCAGAGGAUAUAAUGAUCAGAGCUGGAUCUUGGAACCUUUCAGCCCCAGCCGAACAGUUGCCACAUGAGGAGCGCCAUGUGGCCAGUAUUGUGCGACACGAGAAUUUCAGGGUUGCCACAGGAGAGAACAACAUCGCUCUCCUGUUCCUCAGCUUGCCGUUCGAGUUGAAGACCCACAUCCGAACUCUCUGUCUGCCCAGCCAGGGGAAGUCCUUUGAGCAGGGACUCUGCUUUGUCGCCGGAUGGAGUAUGAUACGCCAACGAUUCGGUUUGCAAGAGCAAAUUUCAGUAUCUUUGGUCAAUCGAGAAGUGUGCCAGGAUAAGUGGAGAAAAUACGGCGACGACCCGGUUUUCGUGGUGGGAAACGUAUUGAUCUGCGCCGAAAGAGUAGAGCACAGGCGUGCUUGCACAUUCUUCGGAGGAUCUCCGCUCUUCUGUCCCACGGAGGAAGACCCAGCACGCUACGAACAGGCCGGCAUCGUUGACUGGACCCUCGGUUGUGGUAUCCCCGCGCAAAAAUACACAAAUGUGGCUUUUUACCGCAAUUGGAUUGAUCAACACGUGGCCAAUAAGCCGCAAUUUUAGGAUCCUAGCCGUUAUAUAAAAAAUAUCUUAUAAGAACUAUCUUCUUAUCUUCAGAAAUUUUCCAUAACUAAUUCGGGAGUGUUAGAAAACAUUAAGUAGGAAAACGAAUGUAGGAUUGAAGCAUAAACAAUUUCAGGAAAACAAAAACAUUUUUAUCGAAUAAACCGAUCUUUUUGUCCCGUUAAUUUAAAUGUAAUAAUAUCAAAACAAUUAAAGUGUAUAUAUAAACCUUUUCCAUUUCAAAUGUGUGGCUUUCAUACAAUAGAGGUGAUUUCAAAAGUUUUUUUCAAUUUUCCAUUUGCAUGAUUUAUUUCAAAUUUGGUUUGUAUCCAGGCUUCUGGUC